AUGACCACAAAUCAUUACGUUAAAACUUAUGCUACCGCAUCCGGGGCAGCCGAUGCGUCGACGCUGGCGGGUGACCGAGACCAGGGCGUCGAUGAGAAGUUUGUUACUGGCCAACAACAACAACAACAACAACAACAACAACAACAACACGACGACAAUGACAACAACGACGUUAACGACGACGACGACUACGACAAUAACAAUUACGACAACAACAAAUGCAACUACGACUACGACAACAACGGCGUCAACGAUGACUACGAUAAUAACAACGACAGCAACAACAACGGCGUCAACGAUGACUACGAUAAUAACAAUGACAGCAACAACAACGGCGUCAACAAUGACUACGACAACAACGACGUCAAUGAUGACAACAACAACAACAACGACGUCAACGAUGACAACAGCAACAACAACAUCAGUAAAAUCAUCAAAAACAAUACAAGCUACAUCUUAACACCACGUAAUCGUUUGAAAAUCGCCACUUGGAAUGUUCGCACCGGUUAUCAAGUUGGAAGCCGCGAAAUAAUCGUUCGCGAAUUAAAGCGUUAUAGAAUCUCCAUUGCUGCACUAUCCGAACUACGGUUAACAGGAUCUGGAACGAUGCGCGUCCAAGUACCCAACAGCGACGAUUAUAUGGUACUAUACUACUCUGGUGGCGAAAAACACGUAGAAGGAGUUGGCUUUGCCGUCGAUCAAACAAUAUCCAAAAGUGUAAUCGCCUUUCAACCAAUUUCAAGUCGUCUUGCAGUUUUAUCACUCUAUGGAACAAUAAAGACACAUAUUGUUGCUGUCUAUGCACCAACUGAAGUCAGUCCCGACGAAUCAAAAGAUGAAUUCUAUUCGAAAUUCCAGGAGGUACUAGAUACAUUACCCAGGAGGGAUUUGAUUCUAAUCGCUGGUGAUCUGAAUGCACAAGUUGGUAGUAAUCGUCAGGGCUGGGAAGAUGUACAUGGCAAUUUCGGUAUUGGCAAAAUGAAUGACAAUGGUUUACGUUUAUUGUCUUUCGCCGCAGCAAAUGAAUUGGUCAUCGGAAACGGCCUAUUUCGUCAUCCACGAAAACAUCAACUCACCUGGAAAGCACCAAAUGGAAAAGAAAUGUCGGUUUUAGACUAUUUCCUUAUCAGAAGACGAUUCCGAACAUCACUGAUGGACGUUCGUACAAUGAGAGGUGCUGAUUGUGGAUCUGACCACCAUCUAGUACGUGCUAUCUUACAGAUACGCUUGAAACGUCCAUGCCCGAGGUCAACUACCACCAAACGACGCGAGUGGUCAAAACUUGCAGAUCCAACAGUACAACAAUGUUUCCAAAUUGUACUUACAAAUCGAUUUGCCGCCCUCGAACAAGUCGGCGAUCUCAACGAAGCAACUGAACAAUUCAGUAAAGUGAUCAAGGAAUGCACGGAGGAAAUUUGUCCAAUCAUACGACAAAGAACACAGCCAUGGAUCUCAGACGAAAGUCUUGAUCUGGUGACUCAACGAAGGCAAUGCAAGCUCACCAAUAAAACAAAAUAUCGACAACUUAACAAGGAAAUUCGCAUUCGUCUCCAGAACGAGCGAAACACCUACUGGAACAAUGUUGCACAAGAACUCGAAGAUGCUGCACAUCGACGAGAAUAUCGUUCUUUGUACACAACCUUGCGCCGUCUUGGGGGCAAGAUGAAACGUACCAGUGACAACAUCAAAAACAUUGAUGGUACCUUUGUACGCUCCAACAGCGAGCGGCUAAAUCGCUGGAGAGAAUACUUCCAAAACCUCUACAACCAUCCAACACCAGGAGGUAGCCCAGCCGAUCCACCACAUCUGCAAGACACCGCAGAACUGAUCAAAGACGACGAGCCUAGCAUCGCUGAAAUCACAUCUGCAAUUAAACAGCUAAAAAGUGGAAAAGCCGCUGGACCAGACGAGAUCGUUGCUGAGGCACUCAAAGCUGGAGGUAAACCACUGAUCAACCGUCUCCACUCACUACUGCGAUUGAUUUGGCAAUCUGAGAACAUACCAGAUGCUUGGAAAGAAGCAGUGAUCAUUCCAUCGUUCAAGAAAGGAGACAACCAGGAAUGCAAAAAUUAUAGAGGCAUCAGUCUGUUGUCAGUCGUAGGCAAGGUAUUCACGAAAGUGAUCCAACAACGACUCCAAACAAGACACGAACAAUUGGCCCGCGAAGAACAAGCCGGGUUUCGGCCUGGGAGGGGGUGUUGUGAUCAAAUAUUUGCAUUGCGACAACUACUUGAAGAACGUAUUCGUUGUGGCAAGAGACUGGUUGGUGUUUUUAUCGAUUUCGCCGCAGCAUUUGACAGUGUUCAUCGACCAGCAUUAUGGAAAUCACUUGUCGCUGAGGGUGUGCCAGAUAGGAUCGUACAUUUGCUUCAACAGUUGUACGAGGGAACAAGAAGCUGUGUCCGCGUAAAUGGAGAAAAAUCUGAAGAUUUUUCAGUAUACACUGGUGUUCGCCAAGGCUGUGUCGUCUCACCACUGCUGUUCAAUAUAACUGUUGACGCAGUUAUGAGAAAAGUCUUCAAUAAUCGACAGGGCGUGCAAUUUGGUGACAAUGAAUUCAUCACGGAUCUAAUGUUCGCUGAUGACAGUGUAGUCUUUGCAGAAACAGAACCAGAAGCUUCUGCCAUUAUUCAAGAUAUCAAAGACGCUGCGUAUCCAUAUGGCUUAAUCAUCAAUGCGGAUAAAACAAAAGUAUUCACAUCAGAUGGUUCACCAGCAAUCGUGAUACUCGACAAUAUACAACUUGAACAAGUUCAAAAAUAUAAAUACUUGGGUUCAAUAGUCGAAGAAGAAAAGAUCGCCGCAACAGCAGAUGUGACCAAUCGAAUUGGUCAAGCUGCAGCAGUGUUUGGAACAUUAACCUGGUGCUUCUGGCGCAAAAGCAACAUUAAAGUAUCUACAAAAAUGCGGAUCUACAAAUCACUCGUCCUCUCAGUGCUGCUGUAUGGUGCAGAAUCAUGGACAUUACUACAAAGUGAUCUGAAGAAACUUGAGGUCUUUCAAAUGCGUUGUCUACGUCGAAUUCUUAGUAUCUCACUUCGAGAUAAAAUAAGAAAUGAAACUAUCAGAAAGUGGUGUUGUAAUCAAUCUACUAUAUUCGAAGAAAUUCAAAAACGACGAAUACGAUGGUUUGGCCAUAUUUAUCGUAUGAAUCCACGACGUCUUCCACAUAGAUUGUUAUGGAAAACACGCACAAAAGGAUGGAAAAUACAACGUAACGCUCCAAAGAAAACAUGGCUGAAGCAUAUCGAAGAGGACUUCGUAAGACACAGGCUCAGUCCAAUUGAAGCAAAAGAACAAGCACUCGACAAACAACAAUGGAAGGUCAUUACACGUAAUGUUGUCAAUGGCAUAGUAGCACCUACAGCAGCGUACUGGUUGCGCGGUCGACCGCCACCAGACGUGCGCUAA